GUAGUUCCUGUCACGCAGUGAGUUUUGAUGGUAAACGACAGAAAGAUGCUCUUAAAUUGAAAAAACGCAUACGAUUAAACCCAGUACAGCUAUAAAAGUGUAGGUUUCUUAAACUGCGGCAUUUAGGAACAGUAAAGAUCUCAACUCGGCGAAAGCUUGCAUACAGUCGUAACACGUGAGUGGAAGGUUAGUUAGCUACGUAGCUAAUUCAUGUGCUCUGUACACUACAGUCUGUGCUUGUAGCUAACGUUUACACUGGUAUCACGGUAAUCCAAACGACACUACGAUUACGAAGGACGGUUUAACAUUGUAGCGUGGUCAUUUUAGUAACCAGUUUCGACCACAGCUAUACGUAUGGCUGGCAGCAGGAUGAAGCUGGAGUUCUCUCGGGUGAUACAGGGAAGAAGUCGGCUGGGAGUUUUGAAGGGGCUCGGUAGGAACGGACAGGACUCCAUGGAGGUUCCGGGGUGUCUGCUGUACACACACUUUGGUACAGUCCCUCACCUCACCCAGGACACGCUACACACCCUGAGCAACCUCCCCUCUGUCACUCAGGUCACCCUGUCCAAUAUAGCAGAGCAUCAGGAGGUGUUGGAGGAAUUUAAAGAUGGAUUCAGGAAGUUUGCAGGUCUUCAUGAUACUUUGUUGUACUGCUCGCUUCACGACCCCGCGGCCCCCUGCCCGACAGGUUAUACUACUAACAAGACGGUGUCAGUGUGGGGCAGCGGCGGGCGGAUAGAGCUGACCGUGGCCAAGUUCAUGGCCCUUCAGAAGAUUGUGCAGCCGGACUGGUACCAGAGCAUGGCGGACGGUGAGACGUGGCAGAACAACACCUCUCGCAAGCGGGUUCGCAAGUCUGUGGAUCGAACCCUCACCCACUUGGACGAGUGUCUGGUGGUGCACCAGAACUCACAGGAGUUGGAUGGAGUGGAGGUGUUCGGCGUGGUGGAGGGAGGAGACAUCCUGGAAGAGAGGGUGCGCUCAGCCAGGGAGACGGCCAAGAGGCCUGUGGCAGGAUUCUGCCUGGACGGCCUCCAGACGGGCUCCAUGGACCAGACCCUGAGGACCCAGCUCAUCGCCGCCGUGACCAAAGAGUUGCCUGAGGACAAACCCAGACUGCUGCAGGGUGUAGGACGGCCUGAUGAGGUACUUGCCUGCGUGGAGGCCGGCAUGGACCUGUUUGAGAGCUUCUUCCCGUUCCAGGUGACGGAGCGAGGCUGCGCUCUUUGCUUCGACUUCAACAUCUCCCCGGACCCGGAGCGCGCAGGUAGAGCGCCCCCCGCAGUGCUGGAGCUGAAUGGUGGUGAGAGGGAUACAGCAGGGGAGACGCAACCAAAUGGAGAUCAUAAUCUUGAUGAUCAAACACAGAUGACAUCCUUUGAGAUCGACCUCAAAGACAAGAGGUACCAGGACGACUUCAGGCCCCUGGUGGAGGGGUGUGGCUGCUACUGCUGCAAGAACCACCAGAGGGCAUACCUGCACCACCUGCUGGUGACCAAUGAGCUGCUGGCCGGAGUCCUGCUCAUGAUCCACAACACAGCCCACUACCACGGCUUCUUCGGCGCCCUGAGAGAAGCUCUGGCCAACGAUCAACUGGACCUCCUCAAGGACCGGGUACUUAGAGGGAGAGGCGGGCAGACGGAGAGAAAGGAGUAAUGCGGAUAAAUCAGAGAGAUAGGAGAGGGAUUGAUCUUGCUCCUCCUCCAAAGGAUCACUGGACUGACUUGCCAGAGGCAAUCAAAGCUCUAUCUCGCUCUUCCCAAUUUAGUCAGGGGAUGAACUGUGAUGCUGCAGAGACCUUGAGACUGAGUCACUGCAUAUGUUGCUAAAGUCAUGUCUCUCAAGCAUGUUCAAAAAAGAGCAGAUUAGAAGAGAAAAGAGCAGAUAAAGACAACCCAUUUGAUAAUUGUGCCUCGAGUUUGUGUCCAGAGGACUGCUCCCGCUAAGCCCAUGUAUCGAUCUGAGCAGAUAGCGUUAGGUGGCUGAUGAGGGAGAGGAGCUUGAUAAGAGGUCAAGAGGAAUUUGCAUAAAGAAAGAAAUGUGAGGAUGGAUGGUGGUGGACUAUCGACAAUGACUGAUUCCCUGUAUGCCUCCUGCUGUUUCCUGAUUGCAGGUCAGCGGAUGACAAAUGUCCUCUGGACUCAUUUACACAGGAGCCUAGACCAGAGGGAGAGCCAACUAGGGUGACCAGUUAUUACAGGGAAAAAACGAUUACCAAACCGGAUCCCGCUUAUCUGUUUUUAUACAUUAAAAAGGCUUUGUUUUGCUUCC